AAUCACUAACUCCUUUUCCCAAGCUCCUUUCGCAACCAUUUUUAGCUUGGCAUUGCCCCAGAUCACUAUUGUUCUUCUCUCCCACUUCCCCAAUUCUCCUCAUAUGACUCCAAAACGGGAAGCAUCUUCGUCAGCUUCAGCUCCGGUUCGGCGGCAUAAGAGAGGGAGGCAGGUGGACCGGCCAGAGCCGGCGGAGGAGCGCGGUUCCGGUGGAAUCGAGGAGGAUUCCGUGCUCAAUGAGGAUGAAGAUAUGUUUAUUGGUGCCCCUGUUCCGGACGUGGAAGCGAGGCAGCGAUGGCCUCAUCGUUAUCAAGGGACUAAGCUAAAAGCAAAUGGAGGAAGCCGGAUCAUAAACAGUCAGGAUGCACUUCAAAAUAUAAUUCAGGCUAAAUGCCAUUUUACUCGGCUGAAGGUUGAUGGCCAGAUUUAUUGCCUGGAAGAUGAUGCAUAUGUGAAAGCUGUGGAAGAUGAAGAUAAUUACAUCUGUAAAAUUGUUGAGAUGUUUGAAGCUAUUGAUGGCAUGCGAUACUUCACAGCUCAAUGGUUCUAUAGAGCUAAAGAUACUGUAAUUAAAUCACAUGACAAGUUCAUCGACAGUAGGCGUGUCUUCUAUUCUGAACUCAAAGAUGAUAAUCCCAUCAAUUGCCUUGUUCAAAAGUUGAAUAUACAUCGCUUCCUUCCCAAAGUAAAUGCAAAUGUUACAGAAAGUAUUCCAGUUGAGUGCGACUUCUAUUACAAUAUGAUGUACCAGUUGCCUUACUCAACAUUUAUAAGCCUGCCAUGUGAUAUUGUAGAUGAAGCUGAUAGCGAACCAAAUUCUACACUAUCAAUUGAAACUGAUACUGGAGAAAGAGUGGACCAUGUAUUUGAAAAGACCCUCCUUGAUUUGUAUUCUGGUUGUGGUGCAAUGUCCACUGGUUUGUGCUUAGGAGCGGCUAAUAAUGGUGUUAAGCUUGUUACAAAAUGGGCAGUGGAUUUUAACAAACAUGCAUGUGAUAGCUUGAGACUGAAUCAUCCAGAGACACAGGUGAGAAAUGAACCUGCUGAGGAUUUCUUAUGCCUCUUGAGGGAAUGGGAGCGCCUUUGUGUCUCUUGCUCCAUAAUAAAAAGCAACUCACUACCACACCCUUGUCUGAAUCUUGAAAACCACAAUAGCGGAAAGACUGAUAGUUACAAUGAAGAAGAAGAUGAUGAGUCUAACAUUGACGCAGAGGAUGAAGUAUAUGAAGUUGAACAAGUAGUAGAUGUUUGCUUUGGGGAUUUAAAAAAAACUGGGAAGUCUGGAUUGUAUUUCAAGAUACGUUGGAAAGGAUAUGGUGAAGCUGAUGACACAUGGGAACCUGCAGAAGGUUUGAGCGACUGUGAGCAAAAAAUGAAGGAGUUUGUACAUAAUGGGUUUGAAGCAAAAAUUUUGCCUUUACCAGGGAAUGUUGAUGUUAUAUGCGGUGGCCCUCCUUGCCAAGGCAUCAGUGGACUCAACCGAUUUAGGAACAGUGAGAAUCCAUUGGAAGAUCCCAAGAACAAGCAGCUAGAAGUUUUCAUGGAUAUUGUGGACUUCUUGAGGCCACGGUUUGUAUUGAUGGAAAAUGUAGUUGAUAUCGUCAAAUUUUCGCAUGGUUUUCUGGGGAGAUAUGCGCUCAGCCGACUUGUGGGGAUGGAUUAUCAAACACGCCUAGGAUUGAUGGUGGCGGGAUCAUAUGGACUUCCACAAUUUCGCGCACGCGUCUUUAUAUGGGGUGCACUUCUUGGAGAAAAGUUGCCUCAGUAUCCUCUGCCAACACAUAAUGUUAUUAUGAGAGGCUUCCUUCCUACAGAGUUUGAACCAAACAUGGUUGCAUAUGAUGAAGGAUGUGGAUAUGGACUAAAAACUAAGCUUUUCCUUGGUGAUGCAAUCUCUGAUCUUCCUCAUAAUGAUGAGUCAAGAGAUGAAAUGGAAUAUGUUGACAAGCCAAAGAAUGGUUUCCAAAAAUUCAUAAGAUUAGCAAGGGAUGGAAUGCCCGGGCACGUUUUGUAUGAUCACCGUCCCUUUCAGCUAAAUGAAGAUGAUUAUAUGAGGGUCUGUCAGAUCCCCAAAUGCAAGGGAGCUAACUUUAGGAAUUUGACUGGUGUAAUUGUUCGCGAUAACAGAGUUGAAUGGGACCCAAAAGUUAAAAGAGUGUACUUGCCUUCAGGCAAACCAUUGGUUCCUGACUAUGUAAUGACUCUCGUGAGAGGAACUACCACAGAGCCAUUUGCUCGGCUUUGGUGGGAUGAAAUUGUUCCAACUGUUGUGACAAGGGCUCUGCCUCAUAACCGGGCUAUUCUACAUCCGGAGCAGGAUAGGGUUCUUACGGUUCGUGAAAAUGCACGGCUGCAAGGUUUCCCAGACUACUAUAAACUUUGUGGCCCUAUAAAAGAAAGGUACAUACAAGUGGGAAAUGCAGUUGCUGUGCCAGUAGCAAGGGCUUUAGGGUACUCACUUGCUAUGGCCUUUAAAGGAGAAUCUGGUACAAAACCUUUGUUCAUUUUACCAGAAGGGUUUGCUGAAGUUUCAUUGCCUUUCAACCAACAGUCUUCCCAGAAUUCUCAUUGACCCCAUUAUAUGGUGGGGGAACUUGGCAGUCUC